AUGGAAGGCGAUAACUACCAAGGAAACCUGAAACGCCUUCUAAUGCAGAAUAAGGAGGAACACGAGGGUAUUUAUGUAUUAUGUAGAAGGGGACCUACUGACGUGGUGGACUACCAAGCCAUGGGAAGGGAUCAGACAGCCUGGGAUCUUCAGCUCCUUCCCCCCUCCCCCCUUCCCGAGAUUUCACAAGAACCUGCUGGUCCAGAACACCAUAUAAUUGGAAGAAGCAUUGAGGAUGUUCAUGCCUCUCCCUGUGCCGUUGGAUCCCUGUGCGAAGGGAUACUACUAAUAGCACGGGGCCCCGGGACUCGUAUCCCUAGCUAG